AUGAGUGAAUACUGUUUGGAACAGGAAAAUAAUGCAUACUCAAAAUUAGAUACUAUUGAAUGCAAUAUCCCAAUAAAUGAGGAAUUAUUAGAAAGAAUAAAUAAGUUCGUUGAUCAGUUACGAGUCCCUUAUUGUAUUUUAGAAGAAUUCGUAGAUAAUUUUGUGUAUGAAUUAAAAAAAGGGUUAGAAGCACAUCGAAAGCAUCCCAACUUGUGGAUACCUCAUGAAUGCAGCUUUAAAAUGUUAGAUUCAUGUAUUUCUGAUAUUCCAUCAGGUAAAGAAAAGGGAACCUAUUAUGCAAUUGAUUUUGGAGGGACUAAUUUUAGGGCUGUAAGAGCUUCAUUAGAUGGGAAUGGUAAAAUUAAGAGAGAUCAAGAAAAAUACAGUUUGAAAUUUACAGGAACAUUUUCUCAUGAGAAAGGAUUGCUAGAUAAAAACGCUACAGCUACUCAACUAUUUGACCAUUUUGCUGAAAGGAUUAAAUAUAUAAUGGGAGAAUUCAAUGAUUUAGAUAAUAAAGAAAUUAAACAUGUUGGAUUUACUUUUUCUUUUCCUUGUACAUCUCCAUCAAUUAAUUGUGCAAUUCUUAUUGAUUGGACGAAAGGAUUUGAAACAGGAAGAGCUACAAAUGAUCCAGUAGAAGGUCGUGAUGUCUGCAAAUUAAUGAAUGAAGCAUUUGCAAGAUCAUGUGUACCUGCGAAAGUUUGCUGCGUAGUUAAUGAUAGUGUUGGCACAUUGAUGUCUUGUGCAUAUCAAAAAGGAAAAAGCACUCCUCCUUGUUACAUAGGAGUCAUCUUAGGAACAGGCUCAAAUGGUUCUUACUAUGAACCAGAAUGGAAGAAAUAUAAAUAUUCAGGAAAAAUUAUAAAUAUUGAAUUCGGUAAUUUUGACAAAGAUUUACCAUUAGCACCAAUUGAUUUAGUAUUGGAUUGGUAUUCCUCUAACAGAAGUAGACAAUUAUUCGAAAAAAUGAUAUCUGGUGCUUAUUUAGGUGAAAUAGUUAGGAGAUAUAUGGUUAAUGUUCUUCAAAGUUCAUCCUCAAAAAAAAUGUGGAUAAGUGAUACUUUUAAUUCUGAAUCAGGUAGUGUAGUAUUAAACGAUACUUCAAAAAAUUUUGAAGAAACUAAAAAAGUUGCAAAAGAUGCAUGGGAUAUUGAUUUAACUGAUGAGCAAGUAUAUGCUCUUAGAAAAAUAUGUGAAGCCGUUUAUAACCGUUCAGCUGGUUUAGCUGCCGCUGUAAUUGCUGCUAUAGCAAAAAGAAUCAAAAUUAUUGAACACUCAAAAUUUUCUUGCGGAAUUGAUGGGUCAUUAUAUGUUAAAAAUGCAUGGUAUUGUAAAAGAUUAAAAGAGCAUUUAAAAGUAAUUUUAGCAGAUAAAUCAGAAAAUUUGAUUAUUAUUCCUGCUGAUGAUGGAUCAGGAAAAGGUGCGGCCAUCACGGCAGCUGUUGUUGCUUCAAGCAGUAAUAUUUUAUCUUAA